CUUAGGCGGAAGUCGUGACUUCUUGCUUGCUCUCGUGACAGUCUCGCCGCGUCACCCGACAUGCAUUGUGCGGAAGGCAGAAAGGUCGUGUGCUACCAUGGCAGCUGGUCAGCCUACAGGACCGGCAACGGCAAGUUUGAAAUAGAGUACAUACAGCCCCAACUGGCCACCCACCUCAUCUACAGCUUCGUUGGAAUGACGCCUGAAGGAGAGGUCAGAAUUAUUGAUCCGUGGCUGGAUCUUCCUGAAGGAAAAAACGGAUUUAAGCGUUUCAAUGCUCUCAAAUCGGCCAAUACGAAAACUCUCAUCGCCCUCGGAGGCUGGAAUGAAAGCUCUGCUACGAUCUCAGCUGUAGUGAACGACCCGUCGCUGAGGGCUCAUUUCGUGCAAUGUGCAGUGCAGUUCUUGAGGACUUACGGGUUUGACGGUCUCGACUUGGACUGGGAGUACCCAGGGCACCGCGGCGGUUCCCCGGGAGACAAGGUGGCGUUUGUUGAACUGCUCAAGGAGCUGAGAAGAGAAUUUGAUAAACACGGUUACCUGCUGACGGCUGCAGUGGGUGUUGGUCGUUACCUAGUUGGGACUGCUUACGAUGUACCCCAAUUAUGUAGAUACCUGGACUUCAUCAACUUGAUGGCAUACGACCUUCACGGAUCGUGGGACAACAAGACCGGUCAAAACUCCCCGCUGUACGCCAGCUCUGCUGACAAGACGGAGGCUGAGAGGCAGCUGAACGUGGACUCCAGCGUGCGCUACUGGAUCCAGAAUGGCGCAGACCCCUCAAAACUUGUCCUGGGCAUGGGCACCUACGGGAGGACGUUCACUCUGGCCAGCACCGCCCACACCGGCGUCGGGGCUCCGACAAAUGGACCCGGCACCGCUGGACCGUACACCAAGGAGGCUGGCAUGAUGGGCUACAAUGAGAUCCUGGAAAAACUGAAAUCUGGAGGGUGGAAAGUCACAUGGGACGAAGAGCAGAAGGUACCGUAUGCAGUUCACGAAAACCAGUGGGUUGGUUAUGACAACGAAGAGUCCAUCCGGCUGAAGUCGCAGUACGUUCUCAACAUGGGGCUGGCCGGUGGAAUGAUCUGGAGCCUGGAGACAGACGAUUUCAAAGGCCUGAAUAGUUCUACAACCUACCCUCUGCUCAGGACGAUCAACCAAGUCCUUCGGAGUUAGAUACAUUUAGAAGAACAAUGGUCCGGAUUCUUACCUAGUUUUUGAGACAGGUGUAUGUGCCCGACACUUCAUUAACUGUAAAAGUCGCUUUCAAACAAUGGCAUUACCAGAUGUACUGGUUCCUGUUGAACCAAUAUUGGUCAGCUAAUAUGUUAAUGCUUACUAAUUGAUGCUACACAUUUUAUACUUUAUGAUGUGUUGAUAAUUGAGUAUCCUCCCAAGUACAUGCUGCCUGAGUUGAAUCGAUAGUCAAUGGCCAGCAGCCUCAUUUCCUGCUUAAUUUCGAAAAUAUUGGAGCAUUAAAUCAGUGAAAGUGGAUUGUGUUUAAAAAGUAUCUACGUCUUCAGAAUAGAAGGUGCUUCUGUCGCCGGCAUGCGUCGUACAAAACCUAAGAUUUUUUCUCCAUUUUGAUCAAUAUCCGCUGCCAUAGACGUACUGAGACAAGCCGUCUUCCAUUGACGUUCUGCCUCAACGCGGGACUCGAACUGUGGGCACUUAAGACACUCUGAAACACAUCCCACGCAGAGAGCAAGGCUUGACACAGACUUCCUCACUACACUCAUCAGUUGCUAUUUAUUAAAAGACAACAAAAAGUUACUUAAUUUCAUCAGAUUAAAUAUUACUCAGUUUAUCUAAUAUCGUCAAUCUGGCCAAAGAUGAUCUCAAGGGGAGCUCAUAACAUAGCCAUAAAGCAGUCAGAGCCAAACUGCUUUACGGAUAUACACGGCAGUAUUUUAUUGGUAUUUAUGUUGUCGUGGACUACUGAAUAACGUUUACAGCGAACUGAAAUUUUUUGGUCACUCAGACUAUUUCGACUGAAUGGUUGUUGGUAGUAUUAUCACUGCACUUGUAUUAGUGAAGCUCUCGAUUACAACGUGUCAUCACUGGAAUCACUGUUACUAAUCCAACAGUCGCUGCAGCAAAACUGUAGCCAAUUCUCACCGCAAUUAAAGUUAAGUAGAGCCACAGUUUUAUUUAAAAAAUGCAAACCUGUGCUCUGUUAUUGGAGGGUGGAGCGAACUAUAACGAAAUUCGUAAUUCAAGGAAGCGUAUCACUUAAUUCAGUACACAAUUCAUAGUCCACCACAGAACAAAAUUCCGCCCAAGUUGCACGUGAGCUGUUUCAAAAAAUAAUUCAUAGUUCAAAGCAACUACCUACGCUAAGCUAUAAAGUGCCGACUGCACCGCGAAAUGAUGAUCUUCCCACAACAAACAUUUUCAAAAGCUCAAGAUCACGACUCUCGCCUACGAAAAUAUUACAAAAAAAGAAAAACAAAAUAAUUGGUCUCAGUACCACAGCCGUACGGCCGAUUUGAUGAUCACGCUUAACGUAGAUCCCUGUCUGGUGACUGCUGCAAGAAGUCGCUUCCAGGCUUUCGCUACCGUAGUUAUAUUCGUUACUCCCGCUACGCGUAA